AUGGGCAGCAAGACAAAGAACAAGGGCACGUCGUCCUUGGUUCAAGACCCUCCGCGGCGCUUAUUCGAGUUCGACACCGUCGGCGGCGCGAGAGAAGACGACGUCUCCAGCAACGACGAUGAAAUCCCCGAAAAGGACGAGGCCGAGGAAAAACUUGAGAGACUUCUUUUUGGAGACGACGAUGGGUUCCAGGCCGCGCUGAAAAGCCACCUCCGCCACGGUGAGCAAACGACGGAUCUCGUGCGGAAGAGCGGCCAGGAUGAGACGGAGGGGGAAGGCUCUGAAAAUGAGGAGGAUAUGACGAAUAUGGAUGAUGCUGAUCUCUUCUUCCUCGAUGCUGGCGCCGCAGAGACUUCUGGCGCUCUCGUGCUACAGCCAGGCACACCCGAAUCCGACGAAGAUCAAAACGAACCAGCAGUAUGGGCCGACAGCGACGACGAGCGCAUGGCGAUAUCGCUUGCCGGGCAUCAACGCCUACGAAAACUGCGCGACACCGAGGCCGAAGACGUUGUGAGCGGCAAGGAAUACAUCAAAAGACUGCGCAGACAGUACCUGCGACUUCAUCCCACGCCAGGAUGGGCAAACCCUGCAGUUAACAGCAAACGAAGGAAACAGACCGCCAACAGCAGCGAUGAUGACUCGGAAGAGAAUGCGUCUAGUGAAGAGGAGGAUGGCAUGGAUACCGACGACGAAGCGGACCUGUCAGUGCAGCCGCUGGCCAGGCUGCUCCAGGGUGCUGGCGAUUUGAUCAGAGGAAGCGAAGAGCUCAAGAGCGGCGGACGGAGAAACCUGCGCCAGGAAGUUAUUGACAUUCAGCGAUUGAAAGAUGUUGGCGGUGUUCAGCCAUCUGCCAUCGACUCCCUGACCUUCCACCCUCAUCAUCCGCUGCUUCUAUCCUCAGGUGCUGCGUCGACACUCUGGCUGCACCAUAUUUCCCCGCAUGCGCCAACGCCAAACAACCUCCUGACCUCACUGCAAAUCCGACGCACGCCUAUCUAUACCUCUGCGUUCGCGCCGCCCACGGGCAACCGGAUCUUUGCCGCUGGCCGUCGUCGCUACUUCCACGUCUGGGACCUGGACACAGGCAAAGUCGAAAAGAUCAAUGCGACAGCAGACCGCAAGGAAGAACAAAAAGUCAUGGAGCGAUUCAAACUUUCCCCUUGUGGGCGAUAUGUCGGGUUCGUAGGCACGGGGCGCAAGGGAGGCGGCGUGGUCAAUGUGUACGACGCCGCCACGGCGCAAUGGAUCUCGCAAGUGCGUGUUGACGGGCGCGGCGGCGUGGCUGAUUUCGCCUGGUGGAGUGAUGGCAAUGGUAUGGUCGUUGCGAGCAAAAACGGUGAGGUAUCUGAAUGGGACGCCCAGCAGCGCCGCGUUGUCGCGCGUUGGACGGACGCUGGUGCUGUGGGCACUACUAUCAUUGCUCUGGGUGGACUGUCUGGCCGGCCUCAUCUCGGCGGUGAUCGCUGGGUUGCCAUUGGCAGCUCCAGUGGUAUUGUCAAUGUCUAUGACCGGAAGCCAUGGCAGGGCGCCGUUGGCCAUCAGGUUGAGCAGUCCAAGAAGCCCAAGGACAUCCAGGACGCCGUCCCCAGCAAUCCCACCCCAGUGCGUGCUCUCGACCAGCUCGUCACGUCCAUUACGACCAUUGUCUUUGCGCCAGACGGCCAGUUCAUGGUCAUGGCCAGUCGACAGAAGCGAGAUGCGUUGCGACUUGUCCACUUGCCGUCGUGCACUGUCUACAGAAACUGGCCCACAUCCAACACGCCCUUUGGCCGUGUCUCGUCAGUGGCCAUUGCGCCGCAGUCCAAUUACUUGGCCGUGGCGAAUGAGCAGGGCAAGAUUCGUUUGUGGGAGAUUAACGGCUAG